ACACAGGAGGAGGAGGGACCGCGGGGUGGAGGGGGAGACAGACCCAGCCCAGAGCUCUGAGUGGCUUCCUGUUGCCAGGCUCUAAGCCCCUCACAUUCCUGCAGACCUUCAGACUGCCCGGAGCUCGCCUGCUGCCUGCCUGCCCGCCACUGAGGGUUCCUAGCAUCAUGAGGGCCUGGAUCUUCUUUCUCCUUUGCCUGGCCGGGAGGGCCUUGGCAGCCCCUCAACAGGAAGCCUUGCCUGAUGAGACAGAGGUGGUGGAAGAAACCGUGGCCGAGGUGGCCGAGGUACCUGUGGGAGCCAACCCCGUCCAGGUGGAAGUAGGAGAAUUCGAUGAGGGUGCCGAGGAAACUGAGGAAGAGGUGGUGGCUGAGAACCCCUGCCAGAACCACCACUGCAAACACGGCAAGGUGUGCGAACUGGAUGAGAACAACACCCCCAUGUGCGUGUGCCAGGACCCCACCAGCUGCCCUGCCCCCAUUGGCGAGUUUGAGAAGGUAUGCAGCAAUGACAACAAGACCUUCGACUCUUCCUGCCACUUCUUUGCCACCAAGUGCACGCUGGAGGGCACCAAGAAGGGCCACAAACUCCACCUGGACUACAUCGGACCUUGCAAAUACAUCCCACCCUGCCUGGACUCCGAGCUGACUGAAUUCCCACUGCGCAUGCGCGACUGGCUCAAGAACGUCCUGGUCACGCUGUACGAGAGGGACGAGGACAACAACCUCCUGACCGAGAAGCAGAAGCUGCGAGUGAAGAAGAUCCACGAGAACGAGAAGCGCCUGGAGGCUGGCGACCACCCUGUGGAGCUGCUGGCCCGGGACUUCGAGAAGAACUACAACAUGUACAUCUUCCCGGUGCACUGGCAGUUUGGGCAGCUGGAUCAGCACCCCAUUGACGGGUACCUGUCUCACACCGAGCUGGCCCCACUGCGUGCCCCCCUUAUCCCCAUGGAACACUGCACCACCCGCUUUUUCGAGACCUGUGACCUGGACAACGACAAAUACAUUGCCCUGGACGAGUGGGCCGGCUGCUUCGGCAUCAAGGAGAAGGACAUUGACAAGGACCUCGUGAUCUAAAGCCACGCCUCCUCCUGCAGAACCCGAUUCUCUCUCUUUGACCUUCCCCCUCCUGUUUUCCCCAAUGUUUAAAAUGUUUGGAUGGUUUGUUGUUCUGCCUGGGGUCAAGGUGCUAAUAUAGACUUAAACGAAUACAUUAACGGUGCUAAACAUAGACAUUUUAACCCAAGUCACGACAUUCUUAGCUGUAACUCAGCUAUCACGGCCUCUUGCUCACCCACUAAUGGUCCCAUUUUCCCCUUGCCGUGUGCACCUCUGCCCAUUGUCUUGGUGGCACAUGGGUGGAACACUUGAUCUGCUCGAGUCUGCCUUCAACACACGUUGCAUCUUCAGAUUUUCUACUUUUCUGCUUGAAACUAAUAUUCACCAAGUCAGACUUUGUGUUAACUUUAUUUCAGGGUAUUGGCUGCCAGGGGGUCAUUCCUAAGUGGCCUGAAGAUGGACAAAGGGAAGUAACAGGCACGUGAUGUUGGCAAGGAUGCUUCUAGGGCUAGAGGAUCAGUGGUGGGAGAGACCUGCAGAAUCUACCAGCCAGAACCACAGAUAACAAAUCUUGUGGUCAGGGGCUGUGACUGAGAGAAGGAAAUUGAGGCUAUGUUCUGGAAGUACAUAAACUCUCACACAAACCCAGUUCUUCACCAUUUCCCCUUCUCACUUUGCAGUGCCAUUUCUUUUUGCAUUAGGCAAUUUGCUCAGACUUUUCAGAGCCAUGGCCCAUCCGUUCUCUGGAAUCCCCCACACCUCUGAGAGGUGGAUCACCACAUCCUGCAGGGCUGCUCCCCUCCAAACUACCUUAAGGAGAUGCAGGACAGGGAGGCUGUUUCAGCCAGAAAGACCAAAAUCAAGAGCGAGGUGCAGAACGUGGUAAAACAGAAAAAGGGCAGGUGGCAAAUUGGUUUUCUUUUGGGUUUUCUGUUUUCUUUUUUCACAUCUGGAUGGCUGUCACCAGAGAUCUUUCCUUCAGUCGCUAGCAUGUUCCUCCUCUUCUCCCCUCCCCACUUUUUCUUUCUAUUAAUCAAAAGAAAUUUCAAAAUCAAUGGGAUGGUCGGAUCUCACAGGCUGAGAACUCGUUCACCUCCAAGCAUUUCAUGAAAAAGCUGCUUCUUAUUAAUCAUGCAAACUCUUGCCACGAUGUGAAGAGUUUGACAAAUCUUUCAAAAUAAAAAGUACUGAUUUAGAAACUGC